CACUUAUAUGUCAUUGCUCUUUUGUUGUUUUUGAUUGCUUCCAUUGUCCUCAUUUGUAAGUCGUUUUGGAUAAAAGCGUCUGCUAAAUGACUAAAUGUAAACGUAUACUUCCUACAGUGAGUUAACGCUCCCGCUGAACCGGACGUGAUUCCUUCUCAGUUGCACUGUUGUCAUUGCACGGUCAAUGGCGGACGGUGCUUGAGCGUUUAUCUGAAAAACGUAGGUUUCGCACAAAUAUACUUGAAUAUCGACCGGCCAUUUAAAGCAUUUAGAUCGCACGUGUGUUUCGGCCCGUCAGCAUGGAUGUGAAUCUGACCAUCUCUCUGAUGCGGGGCCAGAUGGGCGCUGUUAUUGAGAAAGCCGUGAACAUCGCGGUGGAGACCGUGUUAGGAGAGAUGAUCCGGGUGGUCGGGCUCAAAUUCGAGGAGAUCAAACGGGAGAUGACCGCUAAAGAGAAGGAGAACGAGAACAUCAGGAGGAUGUUGGAGACGUCGCGCUGUCAGAUGAAAACCAUGCGCAAGUACAUCAGCGUCCUGUCUGCUGAAGAGCCCAGACAUAGACUGUAUCAGGGAGAUGGAGACAUGGCUACAACAUCCACAGGGAUGCACUGCAGAAGAGGGCAAAACCCCUGUCCCAGACCUAGAGUCUCUGAGCCAGCCCCUGUAGCUGGACCCUCGUGGCUGAGACAACAGAUGCACAUGUCCAAAGAAACAUUAAGAAGUGACAAUCACAUUCCUGAGCAAGACACUGAAGAGACCCAUGCAUCAACAAUUCAUAAAGUUGUGAACUCAAGCUCUCAUCUGAUGGACAGUCAGGCGCUUCUGUCAGAGACCAUUGAUCCCAUCUGGGGUCAGAACCCUCUGGCCUCUGCAGAGACUGGACACACAGACAUGCCUGACAGCAGCGUCCUCUCUGCACCCAUGAUGGCAGAUGAAUACAUGUCAUCCCAAACGACAAGCACAUUGACCCUUGGAGCACCAUCACUUAAAAUCAAACAGGAGGAAGCGGAAGUUGAAAUAGUCUGUGUGAAAGAUGAACCCGCAGAAGCUGGCAGCAUCCCUAGAUUUGAAUAUUCCAACGCUGAACUUCACCAGCCAGCGGGAGAACCAGAGCUUGGGGUCUCACUAGAUCUCCCCGCAUCAUUUCAAGCUCUUCAGAGUCCAGGCACUUCAGCAGACCUUGCAAUCCCAGCAUACAUUGGUGUGGACCCGACUACCUACACAGUAAUGGCUAAAACAGCUGCUGAAAAACAGAGAGAGUACAGGGCGAGAAGGGAUGCUGAUCCGGCACGCAGGGAAAAGUACCUCAGGAGUGAGCGAGAGAGGUGGAGAAGAGAUGUUGAGACAGGGAAAAAGAAGAGAAUUGGUGACCUGGGUGAGAAGGCUCAGAGAUGGAGGCGCAAGGAGUGGAGAGAUGCCAAAGAACGACAGAAGAGGAGUUUUUUAAAAUUAAUUGCUACCCCUCCAGACAAUCCCGAACCCAGUCUGAUGGUGUUGCUGCAACCCUGAAGAGGAAGACAGACACACUGUUAAGUCAGGGUCUGGACAUCCCAGGUGUAUGGAAACUCAUCAGGACCUUUAUCAAGGCCAGAAUCAGUGGUUGAUAAACCACUUGAGAGGCAUUUAUACAUCAACAUUGAGGCUCCACCUGGUAACUUCAGUGAAGUCAGUGAGCUAAAGAAUAUUUCAGUAGUAACUUGUAUAGAGAGGGCUGGCUGAGAUUGAUUUCAGUUCACUGAAAUGUAUGGGUCAUUCUUAAUAUGUUAUUCUAUAUUUUUUUGUAUUGUACCUUUAGUUAUUAUUUAAAUGAGUUGUUAAUAUUUAAAUAAAUGAAUGGAUGAAUGAUUGAAUCAAUUAAUGUAUAUUUCACCAACUGUACCCAGUUCAUCCCUGUUAUCAUAUUCAACCCUGUUACCCCCCCCCCCCCCCCCCCCAUCACUGUGUUUUUGUAAUAUUCUAUGUAUUUAGUUUACUGUAUCUGAGGUAAUCAGUAAAUUGCUAUAUGUUAUGCCUGGCUGUACUGAAUAUUUCUUUAGGAUACUGAUUCACGAGUUGAACUGAAACAUUUUAAAAAAGAAUAAUAAAAUAUAUAACAUAAAAAAAAUGUAACUUUAGCCUGAGGUGGGAAAAUCUUCCUUAGAUCAGCAAAGAUAUUUUCAUGAAAUAGAAAGCAUUCAAACAAUUAUAAAAAAAUAAGUUGCAUUAUUAAAUUGAAACUGAAAACCUUUUUGAACACAGUGAGGUUUGUGAUCCUUUCUAAUGAAUGUUCAUGAUUGAUUUUCACAAAAUACACAUUUGUCAAAAUUAAAUAAUGAUUGUAUUUGAAGAAACCAACACAUUUUCCCCCCUACAUGGCCAUUCAUGUUUUUUACACAUCGCAAUGAUGGGGAUCACAGAAGAAAUGCAUUAACAAAAACAGGUGAGUCUGGCUGCUUUACUUAAACUUUAAAGGCCACUCUAACAUUUGAAGACUUCUGAUUACUGUGCUCACAGUCAUGGUUUUAAAACUAUUCCUUUCUUUGCAUUGUUUCAUUUCCAAAAACAUUAUUUUAGAGAGAACAGUGUUUUAAUUUCACAUUAAUAUACUGUUUCAAGGUAUAAUGAUAUAGGGUUGGGAAAACUGACAUUAACUGUAACAGGGUUGACAGUUACACAGUUGAGUUAGACAGGUAAAGAUCACAACACUAGAGCCUUAUUAGAAGAAUUAAAUGUGGAGAUUUUACAUUAUACAAAUAUUUAGUUUUCAAUCAUCAGUUGUUUACUGUACAAAAAGAUAACAGGGUUGAAAAAAAAUGUCCCUUCUGAGAAACACUAGAAAAACAUGUCCUUGCAGAGUUGACUCAUGAACAGGGAAUGUUGCAAUAUAGACAUAAUUAUAUGAUCCUAAGCACAUUUAAAUAAAAUAAAGAGUUAUGAUAGCAACAGGGUUGAAAUAUCUGGGAAAAUAACUUCAACCAAUAAUGUAAUAAUACAUUAAGCAAAAGGGCAUGUUUCUAGCUUGUACUUCUUUAUAUCUGUUUAAAAUUAAUGCGUGUAAUUUCUAAGCUGGGGGGAAAAAAGCACAUUGAAAGUUUUAGUUUUCUUUGUUUACAUAAAAAAUGUCUUUAUAGCAUAGGGAAAGCGUUCUUGGUUAUAAGUCUUAAUUUAUUUGGUUAAAGUUGGAAAUAGCUUUUUACCAGAAAUCCAUAGUACAAAUGUACAAUCUUUACAAAUCUACAGACAGUGAUAUUUCUACAUGUUUGUUUUAUGCUUUUUUGAAAUAUAUUACUGUUAACACACGUGAAGUUUUAAUGUUUAUACAUCUU